CCCGGCUGGUGGAGAAAAGGCGCAUCCUGGUCCUGCUGCUUCCACAUUUCAGUCACGCAGCUUUGCUCAGAUUUGAGACGAGGCAUGGACGAUGUGUUUUUUUAUUCUGUCGCAGAUCGCACCUAAUGACGAGAAAUCGCGCUCUGCGUCGAUGCUUUUCGCAAUUUUAGAGGAUUCAUUGUAGAAAAAUACCCUUCUUUGUGGAUAAUCUGCAUUGAUUGCACCAACAGAGCAUCUGCACCUCAUCGAUAGCGACACACAACAGUAAUCUCCUGCGGAUCGUUUCAUAUUUGUACACCUUUUUCAUUCAAAACAAACGAAGAUAAUCAUUAUUUUUUUAUACAUUUGGACUCGGAUCCGUUUGACAUCAAUAUUUGUAUGCGUUUCCUUCAACUGCGGUGCUGCGGUGCAGGAGCAGUGAAGCAGCCUGAGGCAAUGUGCUGUCUGGAUGUUACACGACUGCAUCAGUAAUCUAAUGAAAAUAAUUCACUCUUUGCAUCGAUGCACUUCGCAAUUUAGGGAAUUCAUAGAGAAUUAACCUUUUUUUUGGAUAAUCUGCGUUAAUUGCUCACUGCACCUCGUCGCAAGCAGAAAGCCAGACCUCCCUGCGGACCGUCUCAUGUUUUUGAACCUUAUUACAGACAACACAUCGGACACAGAUUGGUUUGAUAUCGAAACACUGCGAUGCAUAUCAUCCAACAGCAGUGAUGCAUGUGAAGUAGCCUGAGAGAAGGUGCUGGACAAUGUGCUGUCCUGGUCCCCGGUCCUGAAUGCAGCGGAGACAGACACCGAACCGGGUGUCACCGUCAGCCCCGGAUGCUGCGCCGAAGAAUGGGAUACGCCGACCCUUCGUCGGGUAAAGACAUUCUCGGCAAUAGGUCUCUUUGUUUUAUAUUCAUUUGCGCAUUUGGACUUGUCACGCUGUUGCAGCAGAUCCUCUAUGGGAAAAACUACAUCAAGAGUGCGCAACAGUUUAACCGACUCAAAGGGGACGAGACAGGAAAUUGGACCGGUCCCGUUAAUUUCUCGGAUGACGGAUCUCUGAAGCCGGCCAGAAAUGGAAGGAAAAGAUGUUUCCGUCAGAAUUUUCAGCCAGAUUCACAGAUCUCCGUAAUAGUCACACCCUGCCUAGCCGAUAUUAAGAAGAAACAAAAAAAAAGGUAUCUGGAAAGCUACGAUGGUUCAUAUGAAUUCAACUCCACUGCAUGCAGGGAGCUCAGACAGGAGAUCAUGGACGUCAAAGUCCUGACAAUAAACAUUAAUCGGAAAAUACAUGGCCAUGGGUAUCCUUCCUCAUUCCACAAGUCUCUCUGCCUGUCUGCCAGGGUCAAAACCUCAGAGCUGUUUGAGAGGUGGAGGAACCUGCAGGUGUGUAGGUGGGCGCAGAGCAAGGAGGAGACCAGCAACUUCAAGAUGUCUCUGUCGCGCUGCUGUAACGCUCCCUCCUUCCUGUUCACCACCAAGAGGAACACUCCUGCAGGAACCAAGCUGCGGUACGAGGUGGACACCAGUGGGAUCCUGCCCAUCACCGCAGAGGUCUUCAAGAUGUUCCCAGAUGAUAUGCCAUAUUCCAAAUCACAGUACAAGAAGUGUGCUGUCAUUGGAAAUGGCGGCAUCAUCAAGAACAGCAAAUGUGGAAAGGAAAUCGACUCAGCAGAUUUUGUUUUUAGGUGCAACAUCCCACCCAUCAACGAGAAGUACUCAGCUGAUGUUGGCACUAAAACAGAUCUGGUGACAAUAAACCCGAGCAUUAUCACUGAGAGAUUCCAGAAGCUGGAGAAAUGGCGGCGACCGUUCUACGAAGUCCUGCAGAACUACGAGAACUCCUCGGUGGUGCUUCCCGCUUUCUACAACACCCGCAACACCGACGUGUCGUUCAGGGUCAAGUACAUGCUGGACGACUUUGACUCCCAGAGGGGCGUGUUCUUCUUCCACCCGCAGUACCUGCUGAACGUGCAGCGCUUCUGGGCGGUGCAAGGCGUCCGAGCCAAACGCGUCAGCAGCGGCCUGAUGCUCGUCACCGCCGCCAUGGAGAUGUGCGAGGAGGUCCACCUCUACGGUUUCUGGGCCUUUCCCAUGAACCCCGCGGGCAUCUUCAUCACUCACCAUUACUACGACAACGUCAAGCCGAGGCCAGGCUUCCACGCCAUGCCGCACGAGAUUUUCAACUUUAUUCACAUGCACACUCGUGGGAUAGUCAACGUACACACAGGGCCGUGCACGUGAUCCUCCACUCUCAGUCACUAAGACACUACUUCCUCGGCCUUCAGAGCGUCCUCGCUCUCACUUAUUCCACGACAGUGAAGGUUGCUUGCUUGAAUCGUCAACAUACUUCUCUUUUCGAUGUGUAUUAAGUUGUUUCCUAAUCCAAUCACUACGGUUAUCUCUGACUUUCUUAACCAUAGGGUUUGGUUUUAAUGUGAAAGUGGUCUUCAUAGUGAUGUUGUUUCUGUGAGGUUUUUCUAGUGGCUCCGCUGUACAGGGGUGUUGUUUUCUACUUCCACAGGUAUUUAAGCUGAACUGGGCCGCAGUGGGUGUCUUUGUGCCCCCCCCCAUUCCCUCCCCUCUUCUCUCUUUAUCCCGGACACUGUGGGUGUGGCAGCUUUGUGUGUUUGUGUAAAACAGAACCUUCAUAUAAAGCUAAAACUAGAAGAAGAACGGUUUAAUUGUAACAUCCAGUUGUCUACUUUUGUAAUCUAUUUCCUAUUCACCAGAGAGGUGAAUGUUUUAAACACACUUUCAACGGCCGGUUUUCAUAGGUCUACUUUCUUCCGAAUAAAAAACCUCCUCUGAUAUUUCUGGUUUAAAAGGGAGUGUGAGAAGAGAUGAGAUGCUACUCACCCCUCUUUGGCUCAUCCUGCUUUCGGAAAAAAGCCAGAUCAAUAUUUUAAAAUGUCACCAUCUGAGCAAAACAUUUUAAGGCCGUCCAAUUUUUAAACCCCAUAAUGUCGUCGAGCGCCUCGCGUUGUCAUCCAUGUCUUAAGCCAUGCUGCCUUAUGAGAUAACAAACCCCUCUAUACGAUAUGCAACGCACCCAUGUGUUUUGCUUAUCAACAAAUACAUUCAAUUAAACUAAAUCUUAGUUUUCCCCUUGAAUCAAAGGACAUUUAGGACUCUUUAAUAAAGGUAUAGGAAUUCCUGUGCGGUUCUCAGCUUGUUUUGGAAUCAGCGAACUCCCUGUAAACACCAUUCAUACUCAUGUAAUGCUCUGCAUGACUUUACUCUAUACUUGGCUUUGUGUGUGCCUGCUUCAAUGAUCACUGAAAUAUGUUUACACUUCAGCCUCCAGCGGAGCUCACAGUGCUUUCGGAGAAGAAACUUUUCACUGAACGAUGAAUGGAUUCGUUGAAAUGUAAAAUAGUGGAUGCAGUUUUAUUGAUUAUUAAAGAUGCACGAAUGAAGACGGUUGCUGCCCUUUUUGUGAAGUGCUGCAACACUUUCAUAACUUUUAUUUUACCUCCCUCUUUGCAAUGUGAACUCUUAGUUUGCACUCUAGAAAGCUGUGUGCAUUGAAGCACUCCGAAGCUGAGUAGGUUUUUUAUUUUGUUGUACGCUGCAAAGACUGUAAAAUAAUAUUUUGUCACUCCUCUGUUCACGCUGUGCUGACAUCAUUGCUGAUAAGAUUUAUGUUAUUCCUGUCAUCAUAUAUGCAGACUUGUUGUGUGUUUAUGCACAAGAGAUAGGAGUAAAUGUGAACACCAAAUAAUGGCUUUGGCUUUUGAUCGACCACUAAAAUUGUUGCACAGACACAAAUGAAUCAAGCAUGGAAAUGAAGGGAACUGGUCUGUGUACUGAAUGGAGGUUAUAUAUAAAACACAGUCUUUACCGACUCUGGAUCAUUCUUUAUACUGGUAUUGUGUUUGUAAAUAAACUUGUAUGGAUUUUCUCACUUUAA